UAUUUUAGAUAUGUUGUUGUCACGACCAGUUGUACCAGAUAUUUAAUUUGGCAAAUGACUAUUGGGCGUACUUGCAAUGUAACUGUUGGCAUAUCGAUACGAACUGUAAACGGAGAAACACACAAACGAGAGGUGUUACACUGAAUUCAGUCCGGGUAACUAUUUAGGGGAAAGGUCUCCGAGUAGUUGUUUGGAGGGUGACAGUAAACUGGUUGUGUUAAUUUCAGCGCAGUUCCCCUCCGGCAGAAACGUUCUUAGCUGGCUGGCUCCGUCGAUAGGGUUGUUUGGAGUUAGCUCAACGAUAUUCUAACUGUAGUUGAUCCCGUAAACAAAUAAAAUGUCUAAACAACCGCAACCUAUCAGCCCUGGGAAGAACUUCUUCGCGGGGGGAUUCGGUGGUGUCUGUCUGGUCCUCGCUGGACACCCUCUUGACACCAUAAAGGUGCGCUUGCAGACACAGCCCAAGCCGGCCCCUGGACAGUCUCUUCUGUACUCCGGCACCUUUGAUUGCUUCAAGAAGACCAUUGUCAAAGAGGGAUUUCUGGGCUUGUAUAAGGGAAUGGCUGCUCCCAUCAUUGGAGUCACACCAAUGUUUGCUGUCUGCUUCUUUGGUUUCGGCCUGGGAAAGAAACUGCAACAGAAGCACCCAGAUGAUAUCCUGACGUAUCCUCAGCUGUUUGCUGCAGGAAUGCUCUCAGGGGUCUUCACUACCGCCAUCAUGGCUCCUGGGGAGCGAAUCAAGUGCCUGCUGCAGAUCCAGUCUGCCUCUGGGGAACUGAAGUAUGCUGGGCCAAUGGAUUGCGUGAAACAGCUGUACAGACAGAACGGCAUUCGGGGCAUCUACAAGGGAACUGCCCUCACCCUGAUGAGAGACGUACCAGCCAGUGGCAUGUACUUCAUGACUUACGAGUGGCUGAAGAACAGUCUCACCCCAGAGGGGCACAGCCCCUCUGAGCUGAGUGUCCCCAGUAUUCUGUUUGCUGGAGGAAUGGCUGGAAUCUUCAACUGGGCUGUGGCCAUCCCACCUGAUGUGCUUAAGUCCCGCUUUCAGACAGCACCUGACGGGAAGUAUCCCAAUGGCUUCCGGGACGUUCUGCGGGAACUUCUGAGGGAAGAGGGCAUGGCCUCUCUGUACAAGGGCUUCACUGCUGUAAUGCUGAGGGCAUUCCCAGCCAAUGCAGCCUGUUUCCUGGGAUUUGAAGUUGCCAUGAAGUUCCUCAACUGGGCCUUCCCAAAACUGUGAUCCCACGUGCACCUCUACGGAAGAGCUGGAAGCCACCCACAUUCACCACUGACACCCAAUGCACACACACACACACACACACACACACACACACACACACACACAUACAGUACAGACACAUGACACUGACACAAAUAGACACAAAUGGUGCACACAUGUAGAACUAACAAACAUUCCCAACCUUCACAAUGCCAGUUAACACAUACAGCACUGACGCAAGCAGUAGUUCAGUAGCAUACGGUAAACGCAUCGAGUAACACCAGGGUGUGAAAUUGAGCCAGAACGAACACACACAGACUGUGCACAGACCACAUAUCACAGCAAGCAGCAGAAAUGUACACCCAACUGCAGUACUGUUCUAGAAUGUUCACUAUUUUAGCGUUCUAUUUGUUAAUGAAGGCAUUAGUUCAAAAGCCAUCAAGAGAAUUGCAACAUGUGCCUUACUUUUCUCUGAAUGUCAGUCAGUCUAAGUACCUUUCUGUGUGUGUGUGUGUGAGCGUGUGUGAGUGUGUGCACGCACGCACGUGUGUGUGUGUGUGUGUGUGUGUGUGCCUUCUGCAGAGGAGAAGCAGGGUCUCUCCCACAUGCAGCUUGUCUGGGUAAUUGUGAGCCUGUCUAUCUCUAUCGGUCAGAUUGUGUAGUUUGCUGAGGAAAAUCACGAGACCCAUUUGGUUCAACAGAAUUUUAACCCACAUGUCACCCAAAGACUUACUUGAAGAUUCAAAUUGCAAGUAAAUGCUGAUUGUACUGUAUGUUUAAAUAAUUUAUAAAUAAAUGACCUAAUGUACAUAAA